CAUCGCGUUGGCUUUGGUCACACCGGUUUUUCGUAGUUCUGUGUCGCAGAGCGUUUAAUUUUCUCAUGUCUUAUUAGUAGUACUAAUAAAUGUAAAAGUGCAAUAGCGAAUAAAUCAAACUGCGCAAUUUGCAAUUAAGAUUCACUGUGCGUCAAUGUCUCAUACCCGUCGUUGCGAUUGUGUGUGUCGUGUGAGUGCUAGUGUGUGGGUGAGUGCAAGCAAGCAAUCAAAGUGAGCGGGGGGUCAAGUGAAAGGGGAGAGUAACGAAGUCAGUGCGCGAGAACGAGAGCGAGUGCACAGCGGUCGUCGUCGGUUGCUGCUAAAAGAAAAAAAUCGUAAAAGACAAAGGAAAUUGUAUGUGGCCAGAGUCAAAGAGUCAUUGCAUUCUCUGAUUGCAUUAAGUAAACGCAGCAAAGUGAUUAAAACCUGUGCGCACUCGUUGUUGCAGUGUUGUUGUGUCCUCGGUGCAUAUGUCUAUUAAUACACACAGACACACACACGCACAGCAUUGAUUGCAGCUGUAGUGUGUAUGGUAUGUCUUUGACUGAAAACGAAAAUAAAUCGGCCUGUGGUGUGUGUUCCGGGAUCUAUUGACAGCGCCCUGCUUUAUCCACCCCGCGCGAAGCCAACAAAGCUGGAAGAGUUCCAGUGUGUAAAUGUUGUAAAUGGGGAGUGCGACGUAACAAGAAUUGCAACGAACCCCACGGCAAACAACAACAAAUAACUAAAUCUUCCACCACCACAAUCACAAUCACCAGCAGCAACAACACCACCACCAACAACAACAGCAACUGUUACAAAUAUAGCAGCAAUAACAAAAGGAACCCCGCCAACCCCCUCGCUCUUGCAAUAGCCUUGUAAAAAAGUAUUUUUACGUUUUUGCUUUACUCGCCGCCCUUCAGUCAGGCAAGGCAACGGGAACAGCCAACUAAACAGCAGCGAACCGAGCAACUUGCACACGCACACUAGCGCACACAUAUACAACGACGGCAAGGCUGCGCUGUUGUUGUUCCCCACUCCUACUCCACUCCUGCUGAUAGAGUUGCAAUGGACUCGGACAUUGAAAUGGAAAUGGAAUCGGACAACGAUGGGGAAUUUGAUGACGAUUAUGAUUACUACAAUACAGGCGAAGACUGCGAUGUCGAAAGACUCGAUCCGAAGCGUGCUGAUCCCGAGUACUUUGAGUAUGACUGCCUCACCGUCGAGGACAUUGAGAAGUUGCUCAACGAGCUGGUGGAGAAACUUAACACAAUACUGCAAAUAACGCCGUCGUUGGCUAAAGUGCUGCUUUUGGAACACCAGUGGAACAACAAUGCGGUGGUGGAGAAGUAUCGCCAGGAUGCGAACGCGUUGCUGGUAACAGCGCGCAUCAAGCCACCCACAAUUGUUGCGGACUCAGCCUCGACGAGUGCAGCUGCAGCGGCUGCUAGUGCACAGCUGUUGAGAAUAGGCAGUUGUGGCUAUAGAACUGCGUCGUCAUCUGCAUCCUCCAGCAAUAGCAAUAGCAACAGCACGAGUACGAGUUCAUCGCUGCUGUCUUCACAGUAUAGGAAAAUGUGCCCGGUUUGCGCCAGUUCGCAGCCGAGCGAUAAGUUCUACAGUUUGGCAUGCGGACACUCGUUCUGCAAGGACUGCUGGACCAUUUACUUUGAGACGCAAAUCUUUCAAGGCAUCUCCAUACAGAUUGGCUGCAUGGCGCAGCAGUGCAAUGUGCGAGUGCCAGAGGACUUGGUGCUAACGCUGGUCACACGUCCGGUGAUGCGCGAUAAGUAUCAGCAGUUUGCGUUCAAGGACUAUGUGAAAUCACAUCCCGAGCUGCGUUUCUGCCCGGGACCCAAUUGCCAAAUAAUUGUGCAAUCAUCGGAGAUCUCCGCUAAGCGUGCCAUUUGCAAGGUCUGUCACACGGGCUUUUGCUUCAAAUGCGGCAUGGACUAUCAUGCGCCCACUGACUGCCAGAUCAUUAAGAAGUGGUUGACGAAGUGCGCCGACGAUAGCGAGACGGCAAAUUACAUAAGCGCACACACCAAAGACUGCCCCAAAUGUCACAUUUGCAUCGAGAAGAACGGCGGCUGCAAUCACAUGCAGUGCUUCAAUUGUAAGCAUGACUUCUGCUGGAUGUGCCUCGGCGAUUGGAAGACGCAUGGCUCCGAGUAUUACGAGUGCUCGCGCUACAAGGACAAUCCCAACAUUGCCAAUGAAUCGGUGCACGUGCAGGCGCGCGAAGCACUUAAAAAGUAUCUGCAUUACUAUGAGCGCUGGGAGAAUCAUUCCAAAUCGCUCAAACUGGAGCAGCAGACGAUCGAUCGAAUGCGGCAACGCAUCAAUGCCAAGGUUAUGAAUGGCAGCGGCACCUGGAUCGACUGGCAGUAUCUUUUUAAUGCAGCGGCGCUGCUAGCCAAAUGUCGAUACACGCUGCAAUACACCUAUCCCUAUGCCUAUUAUAUGGAGGGUGGUUCGCGAAAGAAUCUGUUUGAAUACCAGCAGGCGCAAUUGGAGGCUGAAAUAGAGAAUCUAUCGUGGAAAAUUGAACGAGCCGAGACAACGGAUCUGGCUGAUCUCGAGAAUCAAAUGGAUAUUGCGGAAAAGCGUCGCACCACUCUACUCAAAGACUUCUUUCCUGUGGUUGGAAAGGUAUAGGCUUCCUGAAAAUCUACAAAUGAUAAGAUGAUGAAAUGAUUAGCACAAGAUUCAUUUUAUUUCGUUACUAGCCACUGACAGUAUAAGAGACGCUUAUAUAAUAAUUAUAAUAAACAAUAAUUAUAAUAAUAUUAAUAACAAUAAUCCAUAUUCAAGUAGUCUAACAAUUUGUAGCUAAUUUUUAAAUUAAAACAAAAAACAAAUAUUCAAGUGCAUAUGUAGCUAUAAUCUAGUUUCUAUAACUUUAAAGUAUGAUUAGUUAUUAUCUUAUACUAGCUGUGAAAUUUGAAAAUUCACUUAAAAUCGAUUUAACUGCAAUAUAACGCCUUGCGCAGAUCAAUAGCGAUUAAUGAUAUAGGGAACCUGGGAAACACCUCUCAUCAGUUUUCUAAAAACUUAAAUGACAUCAACUUAACUCCUUCAAAACAUUUAGCGUCAUUGUCUGUCAAUAUUUCAAUUCAAUUCAAUUCAUUAAUGAUAACAAUGAAUAAAGAACAUAUGAGCCUU